GGUGCUGAAAGCGAAACGAAAACUGAGUACUCAGAACAGAACCAUUUGAAAUUUCCCAUACGGUCAUACCAUUAAUUGUUGUUUUUUUCCCUUCCUUCAAGGGCAUCAACAGUGUAUCGAAUUCUUAGUAACUGCAUGUGGGGACUCGCUGGUAUGGACAGAAAACAUUUCACAGACGUGAUUUCAGGUGGGGAAAACAAGGUCUCUAUAGCGAGCUCUCGAUCAGGUUCUCAGAGACAAAAACAUGCUGUCAGCUAAAAACGAGUAUUUGAAUCGAUCUGAACAGCUAGAAUCGCUGCCUGUCGUCGAUUGAAAGGCUGAUUUCCCAUUUAUCGUUUUGCUUUGAUGCCCCGUGCGCAAAGCCUGAAUCUGCUACUGAUCGUUCCUGCUGAAUGUAUGUGAAAACAGGUGAUGUUUUAAGAAAAAAAAAAGUCAGCACCAUCAUGGACACCGAUCAACCACCAGCAGGCGAAGAAGAGUCCGGGGUGCCAACAUCGCUGAGCAAAAAGGAACUCCUUGAGUUCUGGCUUCAGACGAUCCAGCAUUUCUACCCAGAUCGGCAGGGACGAGCUUACUUCGUGCCUCCUGUGUUCUUCAAGCGAGUUCGUUAUGAAGAAAAAAACGUGGCUGAACAGAGGGUCCUUGUUCCCUUGUCGCCUUCCGAAGAGCCACCCGUCCCUUGUAAAGACAGCAGUCAGGCUUUGCAAUUAGGUCCCCUACCCACGUCGCCGGAUUGCAGACAAGACUGUUUCCAUAACAUCCCCGAGGACACCACCCCGACAGCUGGCAGGGUGUGGUCGGGAAUGUCAGAGCAGGUCCACCCGUCUUUGCUAAAAGUGAGCAGCUCCGACAUGCGAAGUGACAAUGCUCAAGAGCAGGUUCUGGAUUGUCUGAAGAAUUUUUUUGAAAAACAGCCGGGUGUUUUCGUCAUAUCGGAGCUCAACUUUCAAGAUUACCUGGGCGAAAAGAGCUAUGUAGAAUCUGUUAGAGCAAUAGAGCACCUUCGUUUUCCACGGCCGCAAGACAAGAAAUACAUGAGAAAGGGUGAUUUUGACAUUCUGGUGAUUCACCGUGACCUCGGAAUGCUAGCCGGCGAGAUCAAGUCCGUGGGGUCAUGGAGGUCAGGAGAUCAAGGAGAUGACGACGUGAUCCAUAAAGUCGAGAAAGCCGCUGAGCAGAUCAUAAAAUCCAAGAAUGUGGUGAAUCACCUUAUGAGUGACCUGGAGUCGAAGCCGCCCCUCAGAAUGACCUUGAUUCUACCCAGUGUUAAAAGGUGUCGUCUGCAAGAAAUUCUUGGAAGGAAAGAAAACCAGAAGACGUUAAAGGCACUGUGCAAAGGUCUGGGCUUGGAAACAUCGAACGCAGAUAGGGCUGUAGAGAUGUGCCUGUGCGAAGAAGAAAUACAGGAGACUGACCUCUCGCUACAAAUGGACAGGAUGCGACAAUGGUGGGAUCGCCGAAUGCCAGCCAGUAGCGACUAUUGUUUGAAAGAAUCUCUGUACGACAACCUCCUGGCAAGGUUUUGCGGACCCGCCACAACAGUUUUUGUCCGCUGUAUAACACGGCCUCGUCUUGAGAUUCGAACUCUGGGUCAAGUCGUCUCGGAACUCGGCGAGCGCCUGGCAUGCCUGGUUCUCACCUACCGCCAACUGGAGCUGCUGUCUUCCAGAGAUCCCCUUGUUCUGCUGACGGGGCCACCCGGAACGGGCAAGACGGUGGUGCUGACGCUUCGCGGCUUGCAGUGGCUACAGGAGGGUCACACGGUGCACGUGGUCAGCACGCGCCCUGAAAGUUUUAGCAUAUCCAAACUUAUUUUUCAGCAGCUGCAGCGGUCUUGCCAGGAAGCCUCAACAACUGCAACAACCCGCGUCAUGCUCCACGACCUGGACUUUCGUAGAAAGAGCGACAGGGAGGCGGUCGUGAAGACGCUGGAGGGAAAGGCUGAGAACGAUCAUCUCUACAUCAUAUCUGACGAAUACGGCGGCAAUGAAAGCGACAUGGCAAGCUGUUAUCAGUUCUUCCUGAAAGAAUUACACAAGCGGGUCCCUCAUCUCCAUUUCUGGGCAGCGGUCCUCAGACGUGCCAGCAGAUCAAAAGUACUGAAAGUGGGAAAGCUAACUGAGCCCCUGAGAUCAAGCCCAGUUGUACAACGAGAGGUCCAGCGGGGCUUUAGAAAUCUGAGGGACGUGUACCCUUAUUCUCGUGAAGGUGUACCCUCGCCGUGGGACGGACCAGAGGUCAUACGUCUGCGACACGAGGGCAAAAGUCACCAGGGUCGCUGGCCCACUGAAUGCAGGCAGUGUGGUCGAGACAUCGGCGAGAAACUCCGAGAACUGGGUGUGGGUGCCAAGGAGGCCUGGCCAACUUCAGCGGUCCCAAACAUGGUCACGCAAGGGCCCCGUCCCCACAGCAGCACAGCCUCUACCAUGCAUCCCGUCAACGAGAACAUCGACCAUCUUGCGGCUGACGCCACGAACACCAGCAGUACUGCGGUCAAGGAUCUAGAAGCUCCGACAACACCAAGGUUGGCAACAACGGCAACUCCCACAACACCUGAGACUCCUGCGAAAGUAAAGGUCGUCAGGAGACCCGAGCCAUUAAACUUUCGAGACGUCUUCGUUUUGACGAACACUUCCGAUCUGCAAGACGACCCAGAAUCAGGUCACGUGAAUGACGUAGUAGUGGGCAUGCGCGAGGCGGGCAUGGAGGUGCGCGUGGUGCGGAGCAAGACUAAGGACCCGGAUGGCUGGAAGCGUGAUGUCGAAGACACGGCCACCGCCGUCACUGAUAUGGUGACGUUCUCACACAUGGGUGACGUGUCGGGUCUGGAGAGGAAGGUGGUGGUGUGGCUGCCGGGGCUGCCAGAGGGCGUGGAAGAUGAAGCAUCGGUCAGAAAGCAGGAAGACAUGGGCUGCUUGUACGCCGUCUCGCGCUGUAGCGUCCAGGCCAUCAUGGUGGACGUGCUUCCGGAGACGCCCACGUGACAGGUCGACGUGGUUCCAGAUGUAACAAGUCAACGUUCCUUUUGAUGAUAGGUUGUUCUUUAAGAAGGUUGGCUCGUUGUUAGUUUUACGCCGUGACAGCAACUAAAGCUAUAUCCGGCGAGAGAAAGUCAUUACAUUUAAAGGGUGGUUCUUUUGAAGUCGACCUGACUUCUGAUUGACGAAGAACUUGACCUGCUUUCUAACACACGUUGAAGUAUUCGUGUUUUCUGGUGCACCUAAUUCAAAGAAGUCAGCGUAUUGCCUCGUGUCAUCAUGAUUUCUGGAGAUACACUUAUUUAAGCAAAGUAGUGAAAGGGAAAAGUACAAAUUUAUGUCUGUAGACGAAUGUACUGUAAAUAUUUAGAUGAAAUUAUCUGUUGUCGAAUAACUGUUUUGUAAAAAAAAAAAA